AUGACGGAUAGCAAUGAUGAGUUGGAAAUUGAGUCUACAAAUUUUGAAAUCGAAGAUACCGCCGAUAGCUUUGAAUUAAUUCGAAAUACUGAUCGAAAAGCUGUAAAUAUUGCAAAAAAAAUAAUGCAAUUGAAGAAGAAUUUAUCUGACUUACGAAUUGACUGUGGAACCACAUCAUCAAAUGAACAGGAAAUAUGUAGGUUACAAGAACAGUUAACAGAAAUGGUGGUACAAUAUAAAAAUACUGUCGUUGAUGUGCUCAAAUUAGCUAAAGCUAAUAAUUUUAAACUUGAAAACCUCGAAUGUCGAAAUAUUGACAUCAAUCAAAAUUCUAAAUUAAAUGAUUGUGUGACAACAGUGGUCAAAUCUUCUGAAGGAGAACAAAUGGUUCCGUGGAUAUUGAUUAACAAUGAAAAAAACUACCCGACGUUUUUUCAUUAUGAUCUAGUUAAUAAUGGAAAUAAAUGCAACGAACCUGAUAAUGAGUCAAUUUGUUCAUGUAACGAUGAAUCCGAAAAUUGUUGUUUGUCUGAUAAUGAAGAAAAUCAUACUAUGAGUGAUAAUUGCCUUAAGCAUUCCAAAAAUUCAGAUAUUGAUUGUAAAAAGGAGAAAUUUAGAGACGAACUUAUGACAAUGAAGGGGGAAAUGAAGAUAUUACAUCAACAGAACCGUGAUUUUCUGUGCAAACUUAACAGUGCUAAUCAACAAACACAUAUCUUGACAAACUGUCUUAAAAAAAAGCUAGCUUCCAAAGAAAUUAAAAAAACAAAUGAGAAUGGAACGUGCCAACUUGAACAUAAUGAAUCGAUACCACAAGCACAAGUUUUAAUGCUUGAAAUAAAUCGAUUAAAUGAUGAAUUAAAGGGACUAAAACGUGAUCGGUGUCAAAUUGAAUUAGCUAAAAAAGUAUUAAACAUAUCUGAUGCAUUGUGUGCUAAUUGUGCAGGGCCGAUAAAUCUAUGCGAUGGCCAAGAACCUCAAUGUAAAGAUUUGACUACGGAGUAUAAUACACUUUUGGCGGAUCAUAACAAUAAAUUACAAGAGAUUUCAAAUCUACGAAAAAAGCUUAGCGAAGCUCAGUGUAACUAUAAAAAUUAUGAAGACCGCUUAAAGAUAUUAAAAACACAGGUCUGCCAAUUACAAAAACAAUUGUUUGAUUUCACUUCAGCAAAAUCCCACGAUCCUGAAUUGGCCUGUUCAAAUGAAAAAUACUUGAUUGAAAGUUUGAGAAAUCGUUUGCAAGAAGCAACUGAGGAAAAAACUAACAUGCAGAUGGUACUCGAUUUUCAUCUGACUGAACUUGAGGAUAAAAAAUCAAAGUUUUUGGCAGUUCUACAAACAAAUCAAGAACAAAAAUAUCGCAUUGAAAAUAUUUGUAAGGAAAAAAAUACCAUUGCCGAAGAAUAUGAAGCGGAGUUUAAUCGAAUGAAUGAGCAUCUAAAAUCAUGUCUUGAUGAGCUCGGGACAUUACCUGGAUUAUUAGCAACUGCGCAGCGGGAUUUAGAAAAAGAGACAUUGACUAGAACAGAAUUGGAAAAGGAACGUGACAAUCUUCUAAAAGAAAUAGAAUCAUUAAAUGCAAUUUUGGCGAAUGAUGAUAGGGAAGCAAAAGACAAAAGGCUUAUAUGUCUAGAAGAAGAAAACAUACAAUUAAAGGCUAAAAUAAUGACUCAGGAGGCUACUUUGGCGGAAAAUAAACGACUAUACAUGGAACGAACUCAUUAUUCAUUACAAUUAAAAGAAAAUCUAGAUCUCGUCAGAAAAGAAGCAGCACUACAAGUGACGAAAACCAAAAAUUUUUCUGAAUGCCAGAUACUUAAAUAUGUUGAAUAUAUAAAACAGUUAGAACAAAAGUUAGUCGAACACAGAGCAAUAGCAUGUUUAGAAUUCCAAAAACGCGACCAAAUUAAUGAACGUUUAAGAAAUCAAAUUGAAAUACUGACGAAAAAUUUAAAUGAAGCACAAAAACAAAUAGAACAUAUAAUCAAUGCAAAAAAUUCAAUUGAAGAUAAAACGGGAGGAGAAAUAUGUAAGAUACCGAGGGUAUUAAAUUCAGCAUGUCAUAGUUUAAAUACUAAAAAUCAAUCGAAUAAACCAAAAGACAAUUGA